GGCCACAAAAAUCGGGAGCCAGAUCAAAACUGUUAAUCUUCCAACUGAGCACAGCCCAGUGUCACAGAAGAGAAGAGGGUGGGCUGGAUGAAGGGUGGAAGUGAUGAAAUUUGUUUCACUUUACUUUUUGGGACACUGCUGUCUCAGGGGAAAGAGCCAGCAUGGGAAAGACCCUGAGAGACCACCUGUUCGACACCAUUAGAGAACUGGGCAAGUCGGACUUGAAGACAUUUAAAGACAAGCUGAACAAUUUCCAGCCCAAGGAAGGUUAUAACCCCAUCAGAUGGGGAGAGCUUGAAAAAGCAGACACUGUAGAAAUCACUCGCCUGCUCGUCAGCUACUACAAGGAGGAUUACGCGGUGGAAGUGGCCGGGAAGGUGCUGGAGGACAUGGACAAGAAGAACCUGGCACACAACCUGUUCCAGGCCACAGGGCAGGCUACAGGCGGUGCCCAGCAGACCCCAGCUCCGACCAGCACCAUCCGGACCAGGGUCACAGGUAUAGCUGCCCCCAUGCCCAGGGAACACAGGCCAGACUCGUCCAGGGCUGGAGACUCAGGAGACGAGAUGGACCUUCGGUAACAUCAGGUGCUGAGCUCAAGCCUUCACAAUUGAUGUGACGCAGUGAAAGAGAUGGCUAACACUGGAAUGAAGACCGCCCUGCAGCUCUACCAGCUCCCAAUGGCCAAGGAAACCUGGAGCCUUUUCAGCGUCAUACCAACUGGCCAGGAUAUUGCAUUCCAUGUUUUCGGUCAAUAAAACAAUUGCCUGGUUUUCAUACAGAGAACUCGUCCAUCAGCUGUGCGGGUGUUUUCCUUGAUCUUUUCAGCCGGCAGGUUCAAUGGUGUGUCGGAGAUUUGGCUGGGCUCCGGUGAAAGUCCCAGCUGUGGUGCUCUCCUCUUACAGCACCUAGGAUGGUGGGUC